AGGCAGAGCAGGAGGAGGAGGAGGAGGAGGAGGCAGGCCAGCGGAGCGCCAUGGAGCCAGCGGCGGCGGCAGCAGCAGCAGCAGGAGCCCCUCCGAGGCCGGCCAGGAGGCCCCCCUUCGCAGCCUGAGUCCCAGCAGCCUCCUCCUCCUCCUCCGCCAGGUAGACCGGGGCCCCUCGGAGGCAGCAGCGGAGGAGGAGGAGGAUGCCCGGGAAGGAGAGCCUCCGAGGAGGAGAAGCAGAAGCAGGCAGCCCGCAGGAGGACCAGCAAGAGCAGCAUCAGCAUCAGCAGCGCAGCGGAGGAGGAGGAGGAGGCAAGAAGAGGAGGAGGAGGAGGAAGGCGCCCGGAGGGGAGCUGCAGGACCAGGAGGAGGAGGAGGGCAGCAGCAGCGGGGGCCGCUUCGCCAGCAUCCAGGUCUUCCUGGUCUCCGAGUGCGCCCUCAUGCUGGCCCAGGGCACCGUCGGAGCAUACCUGGUGAGUGUCUUGACCACCUUGGAGCGAAGGUUCAACCUUCAGAGUGCCGACGUUGGGGUGAUUGCCAGCAGUUUCGAGAUUGGGAACUUGGCCCUCAUCCUUUUCGUGAGCUACUUCGGUGCCCGGGGCCAUCGGCCACGUUUGAUAGGAUGCGGCGGGAUCGUGAUGGCGCUCGGGGCUCUACUGUCUGCGUUGCCCGAGUUCCUGACCCACCAGUAUGAAUAUGAGUCCGGGGAUAUCCGUUGGGGGGCUGAAGGCAGGGACGUGUGUGUGGUUAAUGGAUCCGCCAGUGAAGAGGGACCAGACUCGGAUCUUAUCUGCAGGAACAGGACUGCCACAAACAUGAUGUACUUGCUUCUCAUUGGGGCACAGGUCCUCCUAGGCAUUGGGGCUACCCCUGUACAACCUUUAGGCGUUUCCUACAUCGAUGACCACGUGAGACGGAAAGAUUCUUCCCUGUAUAUAGGGAUCCUGUUUACAAUGCUGGUAUUUGGACCGGCCUGUGGGUUUAUCUUGGGCUCUUUCUGUACCAAAAUCUAUGUGGAUGCUGUCUUCAUCGACACAAGUAAGCUGGACAUCACCCCUGAUGACCCAAGGUGGAUUGGCGCAUGGUGGGCAGGCUUCUUGCUCUGUGGUGCCUUACUUUUCUUUUCGUCUCUCCCGAUGUUUGGAUUCCCACAGUCCCUGACCCGGCGGCCGGAGCUGAUGGCAGAGGCUGAGCAAGCCAUGCUGCCCAACCGGGAUUAUGAGAGGCUGCCCAAGCCCAGCAAUGGGGUCCUCCCACGGCACGCCAUGGAAGGAGGAGAGGGUUCCUCCUGCCUCCAGCAGCUGAGAGUGAUCCCUAAAGUCACCAAGCACCUGCUCUCCAAUCCGGUGUUCACCUGCAUCGUCCUUGCCGCUUGCAUGGAGAUAGCUGUGGUUGCCGGCUUUGCGGCCUUCCUUGGGAAAUACCUGGAACAACAGUUCAAUCUCACAACGUCGUCAGCCAACCAGUUGUUGGGCAUGACAGCUAUUCCCUGUGCCUGUCUGGGCAUUUUCCUAGGUGGCCUCUUAGUGAAGAAGCUGAGCCUGUCUGCUCUCGGGGCCAUUCGGAUGGCCAUGCUGGUCAACCUGGUGUCCACAGCUUGCUACGUCUCUUUCCUCUUCCUGGGCUGUGACACAGGCCCUGUGGCUGGAGUUACUGUUCCCUAUGGAAACAAAUCAUCCAGCCUGGCCCCAUAUUCUGCCUGCAAUAACAACUGUAAAUGCCAAACGGAUUCCUUCACUCCAGUCUGUGGGGCAGAUGGGAUCACAUAUUUAUCGGCCUGCUUUGCUGGAUGCACAAGCACGAAUCUCACUGGCUGCGUAUGCCUGAGUUUAGUCCCUGCUGAGAAUGCCACCGUUGUCCCCGGGAAGUGCCCCAGCCCCGGAUGCCAAGAAGCCUUCCUGACAUUCCUUUGCGUGAUGUGUGUCUGCAGCAUGAUCGGAGCCAUGGCUCAGACGCCCUCCGUCAUCAUUCUCAUCAGAACAGUGAGCCCAGAGCUAAAGUCUUAUGCGUUGGGAGUGCUCUUCCUCCUCCUCCGAUUGCUAGGUUUUAUCCCACCUCCUCUCAUCUUUGGAGCAGGGAUUGACUCUACCUGCCUGUUCUGGAGCACAUUCUGUGGAGAGCAAGGAGCAUGUGCGUUGUACGACAACGUAGUCUACAGGUACUUGUACGUGAGCAUUGCUAUCACCUUGAAAUCACUUGCCUUCAUCUUGUACACCACCACCUGGCAGUGCUUAAGGAAGAACUAUAAGAAAUAUAUCAAGAACCACGAAGGUGGUCUCAGCACCAGCGAGUUCUUUGCCUCCACGCUGACCCUGGACAACUUGGGACGGGACCCCAUUGGCUCCAGUCCUUCUCAUAGGACAAAAUUUAUCUACAACCUGGAAGACCACGAAUGGUGCGAAAACAUGGAGUCUGUUUUGUAGGGACAGCCGAGGGUGGAUCGCUAACUCAAAGGUUCUUUUUAAAAGCUAAAACAGAGUAUAUGAAAAAAUGUAAUAUAUAAUAUACAUAGACAUUUGGGAAAGUGCAAAGCAAAACGGUGGAUGCUACUGCUACUUCUCUGAAACGACCAUAAUGUUCCAGAAUAUUUCUCUGCAUUGUUAGGGAUGAAGGGGAAACCUUUGUCCUUUGGUCAAGAGCAGAUCUAGCAAGAUUGGGAAGAACUAGAUCAUUUAAAAACAAACAAACCCUGGCAUGAGAAAUGGAGAUCCAGAGUCAUACAUCAGUGUGCCGGAUGUGUUGGCCGGUGACACCAAUGUGCCAGCAGCUUGAGAUCCAGCCUGGAAUUAGAGAAUGGAGCAGCUGUCUCUCCUUGAAUAUAAAGGCAAAACAAACCAACAAGGAAACCUAAAUGCAGAGAGAAGGAGCAGAAGGAAGCCACAAAGUGGUUUCUGAAACAAGUGCCCUUUCAAACCAUUGGGGGUGACCUUUGCAAUACGAGCUAAAAGGAUAUAAAUAUGGGUGCUACUCAGUCCCAAGGUUUCUUCAGUAUCUCUUUUCCCCCCUCUUUCUCCUCUCCAUCAUAUCAAAGGGGUAACCAUGUUGGAACUCCUCAGCCAAUUCAACCUCAUCAUCACCAGCUCCAAUGCUAGAAGAUGCACCAUCGCAUCAUGCCGCCGCUCUUACAACACCAGCAUCAUUGAAUUAACAUGUUAUCAAUCCCAUUUUGGUACGGGAAUUUGGGAGUGGGGUUUCCCUGGCUGUGCCAGGAGAUGGGGAGGGGGGCAUUGGAUGACGCUUGCAUUGACCAAUCUCUAACCUUUUGAAAUUCUGUAGGGAUGAAGGUAGUCUAAGGAUGAAGAGAGACGUAGCAUUACAGGUGUGGUUCAACCAUCAGACUUCUUAACCAAUGUACAUUUUUCUAGACUAGGGUGAGCUUUGGGAAGAAAGCAUAGGUUUUCAGGGCAGUUUGUUUGGACCAUGAAAAGGUCGGGCAGGUGUGUGUGGAGGGGCACCUAUAUCUAAAGCAAAUGUUCAACCUUUUAUUACAUAUUGAUGGCUUUUUUAAAAUUGCUUGGGUGAGGCCAUACAGUGAUGAAUGGAUAUAUGUGCCACUCUCUUUUCUUUAAUACUCCUGAAGGAGGGUAAGGGCAACAUAUCACUUUGGCAUGGGAAGCAUCUCAUUGAUCCAACAUUCCAGUUUAUGGUGACAUUUGGCACGGCAGAGACAAAUGCCCAACACCAUUUCACUGCCCUCUUCAUGGGUGGCCAAAAAGGGAGCCAUUUUGGGGUGGGCAGUGACAUCCAAACUUUUUUUUUUGCAGGGUGAUGGGGCUUGGCUUUAUUAAAAUGUAUGCUGGCUUUCUCUUUUUAAGACUUUGCAAAAGCUCUCCCCCAACAUAAAAGCAGAAUGCUUUCCAUAGGGAGGAAUUCCAGGGAAGAAUUCUGGCUAGCAGUGAUGGGAUAAUGGAAGACAUCUGGUUUUAUACCUUGCAGUUUUUCUUGCAUUGACACAGAGUGAGAUGCACAACACACACAUUUACAUUUAACCAUUGGUUAACCAUUAAUUCAUUGAUGGGGUACUAUAAGCAGUUUUACUCCCACAUGCUAUUCCUUUCCAAUACUGUACAGUUACUGUUUCCUCAAAGGUAGAUGCUUCUUCCACUUUAUCCGCAAUAGAGGAACAUCUAGGUUUAUGGGAGGUAUUGUAGUCAAGUGCUGGAGAAGGGAAAGGCCAUAUGAGAGUGGUUUUGAUUUGUGCAAAGUUGUGUUUGACUACAGUUGUAGGGCAAAAUAGAUCUAUGAUCUUAGAGUCCAUGUGUGGUGCAAAAGCAUAGAUCUCGGUGCUCUUGGUUAGUCCCAACUAGAGAAUGCAUAGAAUCAAUGGCUGAAUGGAGAAUGAACAUGAAGGUGAAUCCCAUUGAUUCAAGGGGUUUGCUGGAGUUGGGACUAAAAGCAGGACAUGAAAGUAGAUUGCAAACUGAGCAUUUUUUAAAAAAAAGAUAUAGAUGAAAAAUGUAAUAUAAUGUAAUAUAUAUAUAUAAUAUAUAUAUAAUAUGGCCACGUGUGCCCCGGGGGCCUUUUUUGUGGUCCUUAGGACCCUAUUUCUCUUGAAUAUUUCUGGAAAAAAUGCAAAAAAGUGCAGAAGGAAUUGCACCAAAAUGUCUCAAAAUGAUCCCUAGAGCAUGGAUUUCCACCAGGUUUUCAGGGGAGCUGGACCAGUUUAGACCCCGGAGAAGCCUUUUUAUUCAUAAGUGAUUUAUGUUCACAUCCUAUUGUUUUAAAAAAGGACUUUCUGGGUCCUAAAUUGGACCAUAAAAGUCCAAAAAAAGAUGAUGAAAAUGCCUCCUAUGCGCCCUAAAAGAUGUUUGGGGGACAUUCCCCCCGUUUUGUGGGCAGAGGUGGGUGCAGGGGGGACCAGGUCUACUUCUUAGCCUUCCACAGUUGCCCACCCCUGAUAUAUAAGGAUAUUUGGGAAAGUAAAAGCCAAAUGUUGGCCACCGCAGAAUACCCAUGUACCUAUUUCCGGACAACAGUACACCUCCAUUCGUUUCUCAAAAGCAGAGCAUGCAAGAUCGAGGAAAACUGGGAUUAUUCUGUGCUGUAGUCAGAGAUAUCUGCAAGGCAUUACAUUUGCAAAGUCUCAUGGAGGAGAAUUAAUGGGACACACACAAGUAUAUAGAUAUUUAUAUAUUUGCUAUAAGCCAAAUAUUGGUAUAGAGAUAUAAAACUGAAAGGAGUGGAUUGGUCCUGGGCAGGUCAUUUUGUUUUUAUUUCUCUUGAUGGUUAUUAUUAUUAUUCUCUUCUCAAGUGCUUGGAAACUAAAUGAAUUAAAUGUGAUAUUUUUAAAAGGCAUUGCAAAGGUUGUGACCUAUGGAACGAGGCUGCGUAAAGAAAACAGAUUGAGUGAAAAGAAUGAACGGAUUGUGUCAUAUUUUACACAGUGGUUUUGUACACUUGCCUGACAUACUAUGCCUUCCUCUAGUAGGGUUGCUGGGAGUUGUAUGUAUAUGGGUUUCAGGUUAUAGAUCCAAUCCUGUUCAUGUUGCUGUGCAUUCUGAGUUCCAUAUACUGUAUGUUUUUCUUCAAUGGCAAUUCCUCUUCAUGUCCUAUCAGGACCUGGUUUUGAAAGGUCCUCCAAAUGGCAGGCCUGAAGACCUUUGGUCAACAACAACAACAACAACAAAGGGGUAAACCUCAAAAUGCUAGUUUAAUGGGGUGUCUCAAUGUCCUCAGAAAUCUUUUCUCAUUGAGGAUAAAGAAGUUGGUGGGUAUUCUUUCUACCCCAAGCAGUGGGAGGGCUAUCAUUUUCCAUACAGAGGGAAAUAUCCCAAGGUUUGCAUCAAACAUGAUUUGACUUGGGACUUGAAGUGGGGAUGCUUCAGCAAAUGAUGUCCCCUUGGUUUGCUUGGAGGAGAUGGAGUACCUCUCUGCCUCUGGGUUUGUCAUGUUUAAUAGGCAAGUCUUGGCUUGGAGUGGUGCUCUUGAGGGGUUGGGGACCAGGGAUUGAGGGACAUAAUACAUAUAUACAUAUGAUAUACAUAUGUAUAUCAUACAUAUCUUCUUUCCCCUCUUUCUGGCCAUGGACUGUAUUUUUUAUGCUGAAAUUACCAUCCAUGUAAUAUAUUGCAGAUGGUAAUAGCUGUACUUGCCUCCCUAAGCCAAUUAAUUAAGUGAAAGCAUGAGUUUGCAUCACUGAUUGAUGCUUAUGAGCCUUUGAAAUUUCCCUGUACAUUUCCCCCUCACUUUGAAAAAGAACCCAAUGCUUACAUGUUUAAAAGUCCUUUUCUUUUUCUCUUACUUUCAAUCUGGCCUGAAUACAACGCUCACUCCCAAGGAGGGUAAACCCACUGAAUCAAUGAAACUUACAGAAUUAUUGGUUUACCAAGAAGCUGUAUAUACAGCCCUGAAGGGGUGGCAUGCAACCACUCCUUCUUCAGCCAGAUUGGGGCUGUGGCAACCUCAUGCCGCAGCCCCGAUCCAGCCUCUGGCGGGUGCAAAAAGGAGCCGCAAAAAGCAGCUCCCUUUUGCACCCUCCAAAGGGCACCAUAGUUGCAGCGGCAAGGCUGUAUGGUGCCCUUUUGGCUGUAUGGUGCCCAUUUGGAUGCAGUGCCAGAGGUGCGUCAUGAUGUCGUGUGCCAUCUGGAGAGGUGCAUGGCUUCAGGGCGCCCUGGGUGGAGUUGGGCAUGUGUCAUCAAGACUCUGCAUCCCAACUCUGCCCCUAGACUAGCCCCUAAGUUCCCAUUGAUUUGGUGGCCCUAACUCUAGUUGGAACUACCACUGGUCUUAGGCAAAUCUUUCUCUGAGUAUUUCAUGCUGGCUCAUAUCCACAUAGAUUACAAAAAGACAGAGGCACAGUGCAAAAAUGCCUAGGAGAGGAGGUGCAACAGUAAAACUCCAGAGAGAAAUCUAUGCACCCAUCCCACUCGUGAAGUCUACUAUGGGGCUCUUCUCUGUCCCAUCUUUCAGGACAAUAAACUGAAUGCAGGAGGCAUGGUCUUCUCUGCUGUGGCGCCCAAUUAUGAAAUACCUGCCCUGCCUUAGAGUCCUGACUAAUGCCAAAGUUGCUGUCAUUCUGGUGCCAAGUAAAAACCAACAUGAGAUUCUCUACCCCACAGCCUACGUUUUGUGACUUUAUGAACUCAUAGCUCCAUUGCAGAAAUGCAAUGAAACCUUGUUUGUGAAUGGUGAAGAUGCACAUCCGGCCACUGGAAAGAGUGUUCUGAAUAAAUCCCAGAUUACAGAUUGGAUUUGAAAAUUGUAUCAUUUUUGGAAAUUCUUUCAUUGGAAGAAAAACUGCUAAAAUUACUCAUUGAUUCCAUCAUCCCAAAUGCCUGAUCUCAAGAAGAAUAUCAUACCCUAAUGUUGCUUUAGGUCUCUUCCACCACUUUCACCUUCAUUCCAUCCCUGGAUCAGUUCAUGUCAACAAACCAUCUCAUGCCUGUUUUACAUUUUUGUGACAACUCUGAAUUAGAGCCACAAGUCAUUACUUCUCAGUCUUAUUCAUACAUGGACAGAUGUGGGGAAGGAGGGAGCUCAUCCAUUCUAGUUACAUAAUAUCAUCUGGAAAGAAGAAAAUGGUUUGUCCCUGCCUUGCCUUUGCUGAAGGUCUGGGUUGGGUUGUCUGAAAAUUUGUCCAUCCCCUCACUUUCUUUGCAUGGACAACACAGAAAGCUGAACAUGCAUGUGCCUGAAAAACCUUUCCAAGAAAUGGAAGCAAAUACAAAGACCUGGAGCCUCGGUUUGCAUUUUCUCAAGGCUGUGUUUCACGAGGUGCACAAAAUUAGGAUCCUGUUGGUUUUCAAAACAUUUGUGCACAGUUGACAGUAGUCUUUUCAACCAUAGGUCUUCAUACCUAUAGUUUUCUUAACAAAUACAUUCAGAGGAAGUUUCCUGUUGCCAUUGUGUAGCUUGCCCUAGGUCACCCAGUGGAUGGUCAUGGCUGAGCAGGGAUUUGAACCCAGAGUUUUAGUCCAACACUCAAACCACAGCACCACACUGGCUCUCCUAGACACUGGUCCAGCCACUGUAUUGUUGUAUGUGUAUUUGUGUGUGUGUGUGUGUUUUUAAAGGGAAUAUGAAAAACAUAUCCAAUAUACUCAUUUCCGUCCUAAUCAUGCCAUGCGUCAUCCUGAGAUGGCAAUAAGCAAUAAGAAAUGUUAUCAGGUACAAGUGAGUACCUUUGAGCAAAUAAUUGACCAGAAUGGUUAUAUCCAUAUCUUCCCCUCCCACAUGAAAAAAUGAUAUGCAAAGGAGAUUUUUCAUAGCUGCUUAUCAGAGAACAAGACAUUAUUUCUUUAGCCUCCCCCCCACAAGUGUUGUGACAAAUGGAAACCCAACAAAAUUGAAAACCCAAAUAGACAUCAAAGUGGUUUUAAAAAUAAAUAAUCCAAUGCAUUAAGAAAUAUUAUCUAUUAAUUCAGCACAGUUCUAGAACAUUUCGGUGUAAUAAUGCUUGAAAUAAGUCUAAAGCAGUCACACAAAUGCAUGUUAUAAAUGUUUCUAGGAAACCAAUGAGGUAAAUCCAAAUUGUGGCCAGAAUGAGUUACGAAUGAGGAACCGCAGUAGUUAUAUAGCUACAUAGUGACUCCUGGCCUCUUUCACACAUAUAUCCAAUCUCUGCCAACUGGACAUUUUUGUCCAGUGUGGAAAGUCUGAAUUCAUUUCAAGGCUGCGGAAUAGAUGCUGCCUUUAGAAAUGCAGAUGUCCAUGCACACUGGGUUGUCAAUGCAGUUGCAUAAUGUCACUUUUGGAUGGAUGGCUGCACUCCCUUGCCAAAAAUCUAAUUAUUCCCUCAAAAUGCUCCCAGAUGUUUUCUGGGGGCAUGCAGGACAUUUUGCCCCCCCUGGGCCAUUUUAGACCCUGGGGAGACUUUUGUUAUGCUUCCUAUUCCAUACCCAGUUUGGCAGGGUUGGCACCAUUUAAUCCUCGGCCAUCCCAGUUUCUCUUCCUUCUUCCCACUUUCCCCCUCCAUCCAUCCUCAUCUACCCCAUUGCUGCAACAUGAGUUCACAUUGCAAAAGUAGUCCAUUAAACCAAGAAGGUGGAGUAGAGAGGAGGGGAUGGAGUCUUGCUCUUCCUAAACCCAAUACAUACAUUCCAGUUUUUCUGUUAAAAUAGUACUUUUGUGUGUUCGUUGUCAUUUUGCCCUCUUGUUGCCUGGCUGCGCUCUUUUGGUGGCACUAUGGCCUGGCUUGGCCACAUGUAUCCCAGUUUUCAUCUGUGGAACAUGGGAGAGCAUGCUGUUCACUUCUUGGUUUGUCCAAAAGCCUUGUCCUUGGCCUAAAAGGGCACAGUGGGUUUAUGACUCCCAGGUCCCUUAGAAGGCAUUUGAAGGCUACACAUUUUUUAAAAACUGAACUAUAUUUUGACCAUUGAGGGGCCACAUAUCAGCUGAGAGGCCAUGCUUUUCUCAUCCUUGAUCUACAUUGAAGGACAUGUCCAAAUCCUGAGAUUCUCCCCCAUUGCCUUGGCAUCCUCAAAAGUAAGGGAUCCAUAAUCCCUUCCUUUUAGAGCCCUGAAAUCCAUUCUGUUUGGCCUCUGAUUCCUCUGUUCUUCUCAUUCUCUAAUUUUGUUCAACACAAUCUUGGUGUUUUUGGAUUAUUUGUGCUCCUAAAGGCAGAUUGUUCCAAAGGCUGCAAAUGACGGAGCCUUUGGAUGUUCCUGCUUUGGAGAGAUAUCUGGCAACACUUCCAAUGUUAAUUCUUGCUUUUCAUGGGGAGGGAGAGGGGAGAAAGAUGGGUUUUCAAAAGUAAGACAGCAAUCUCCUUCUCCUCCUGACCAAAAGGAGGAACAAACGGAAAAGAGAAAGAGAGACGGUGCUCAGUAUAUUUUGAGUACCGCAUUCUGUAUUUUUGCAAGCUUAUAUUUUGCAGAGGAGUUUAGAAGAAAAAAAUAUGUGAUGACGUGAAUUAUAAUGUACUGUAAGUUUGCUGUAAAUUAUAUUAAAAGCACUAUU